AUGGAUCCACUUCCCUCUGUCAACCAUGUGUUUUCUCUUGUUGCACAACAAGAGAGGCAGUUACAGAUCGAAGGUAAUGCUUCAAAUCAUGAUCCUUCAAGAAUUUUUUUUAACUCUGUUGAACAGAUCCAAGAGAUAGGACAGUCACAAGGCCGUGGAAGAGGAUCUAGACUUUGUACCUACUGUGGAAAAACUAGCCACACAAUAGAGACAUGUUUUGAAAAGCAUGGUUAUCCUCCUGGCUAUAAACAAAGAAGUGUUGUACAUAAGGUUAAUGCAGCUGUGAAUGAAGAUAAAGGUUCUGAUCAAAUAUAUAGUACUCAGGCUGAGACAAAGGAGAGCUUUACCAAGAGUCAGUAUCAGACUAUCAUGGAGAUGAUUCAACAGUCGAUGCUGAUACAACAGAAAUUUAGUCCACCCUCUUCUCAUGUCAGUAACAUGGUGCACACUAAGGCUCUUAAUGCAGAUGGGAAUUCUUAUGGAGCAACAUCAGACUUGUUUCAUUCAACAACAACAGUCCAGGAGAUGAUUGGUUCUGCUAGUUUGAUGAGAGGAUCAUAUGUGAUCACUCAAGGUGGUCCAAGGCAUGAAGGUUCAACUGGUAACACAGCAAGGCAGCUGAACUUUUCUAAUAAUAGCAGUUUUGUUUCAGAAACUAAUGCCACUGAUGUUUGGCAUUUAUGUUUGGGCCAUUGCUCCAAACCUGUAAUAAAGGCCAUGAUGCUACAAUACCCUUUUAUUACUUGUAAAGAUAUAUAUACACCAUGUGAUGUUUACCAUAUGGCAAAACAGAAAAAGCUUUCCUUUAGUUUGAGCAAUGUUGUAUCAAAGAAUCCUUUUGAUCUUGUACAUAUAGAUAUCUGGGGACCAUAUUUUGUGUCCUCCAUUCAUGGUCAUUGUUUCCUUUUAACAAUUGUUGAUGAUUGA